AUGUCGUCGGUGUUUGGAUCAUCUACUGUCCAGCAACCCAAUAGGUUUUCAAACUUGACCGUCAAAUUUCCCCAAAACGACCAGCAGCAACAACAACAACAAAACGCAACAUCGCUACCGCAACAGCAACAGAACCAUGGCCAAAUCAUGCUAAAUUCGACUGGAUCUGCCUCAAAUUUUUUCACAAACGAGGACAACACACCUUCCUGGUUCAACAAUCCCAAGAAAAGGACUAUUCCGCACUCAAUUGUCAAAAGAUCGGCCAAGGCAAGUACGUCGGACAAUGUAACUUCGAACAGCCACAACUCAGAUACUUCAGAUACAAAAGCCGAUUUUGGAAGCGUUGUGUUUGGGUCGCGGAAAGUAGCCGACGUUUUCGGAGGCUCAAAUGGAGCGCCGGAAACGGAUUUAGCCGUGAGCCCUCACAUCUUGUUCGACACGAACGAGGCGCCUCCUACGAGGUCUAUGUACGAUUGGCAACGUGAAGAUGAGUUUGGAAAUGCAAUACCGAACAUUGGCAGCGGCUUUUCAACACAGCAGUCACUGCCACCAGCUAACAAAAGGGCAGCUGUCGACUCGACAGGCUUACGCAAUGCAUUUGACCGUUUAGACGGGCAAGCAGGCAUCAAUAAUAAGAUUAAUUUGAACUCCGCUUGGUCUGAUAACUCUUCUGCGAGCACGGAGAGCGCCGUAUUGGUUUUUGGUUACCCAGAAUCCAUAUCCAAUCAAAUAAUAGUUCACUUUGCCAAGUUUGGUAGCAUACUAGAAGAUUUUGAAGUGUUGAGAGGAGCUUCCGGCAUCAAUGCCGCGACUUUAAGAUUGAGGAGCAAACGUAACGGUGACAAAAGUCCGCAUAGGAAAUAUCCAAUUUUCACCGGUGAUGGCUGGAUAAAACUAACUUACGACUCUCCUUCCGCAGCAAUGCGAGCUCUUCAAGAAAAUGGUAUCGUUUACGGUGGCUGCCUGGUUGGCUGUGUUCCUUACAACAAGUCUGCUGUUGAACAGUUAGCGUCAUGUAAAAUUGAACAGUUUGAUGACAUAGGAGCAUUUAAUGCUCCUAGUAUUGCACCUAAUGUUAAUUCCAUAGGCAUUCGCCAAUCACCAUUUGACUCAAUGGGUACUCCAGAAGCUGCUGCAGAAAUGGAUGCUCUCGAGGGUCCCGGAGCGCAUGCCUAUCGGUUAGGUGGACGCAAAAUCGAGAUUAAAGAUGGGAAGUCAUUAUUUGCGUUUGGUGGAUAUCCAGGUGAUGGCACCCUUUCGAAAAGCUUAGAGGACAGGAUGAAGGAUCAAGCUGCGAAUAAACAGCUUAACGGAGGAAUCGUCUCCAAAGUUAGCAAUUGGCUGUUUGGUUGGAACGACUUAUAA